AUGUCACAGACUCAGUUAGUUCUUGAUUCUCCUCCUCCAUCAUGGAAUGAGGGUGAACAAUUCCGAAUUCACUGUGGAAUUUCAGGUGGAUUCAUGCGUAGGAUUGAGCCUAUUGGUAGUCAAUUUCUUGCGCAUGCUCGCCGAAAGUUGAAUAACCAUUCUUUUUCCGAGGACGAGCGCAUUCAGGCAGAAUCUGCGGUAGAACAAGCUGAGGAAAUUCUUUCAGAUGAUUCAGAAGAAGAGACUCACGAUUUAUUAAAUAGAGAUCCAAAAGAUUGGAAGGAACAAGACCACUAUGCAGUAUUAGGACUCUCUAAAUAUAGGUGGAAAGCUACCGAUGAACAAAUCAAACAUGCACAUCGGAAGAAAGUUUUGAAGCAUCACCCGGACAAAAAGGCUUCUAGUGGGAAUACAAAUGAUGACGCUUUCUUCAAAUGCAUACAAAAAGCCCAUGAAAUUCUUUCCGAUUCUGCUAAACGUCGUCAAUUUGAUUCAGUGGAUGAAGCCAUCGAUGAUACUCCACCAAGUAUAAAAACUAGGGGUGACUUUUUUGAGCUAUAUGGUCCUGUGUUUGAGCGUGAAGCGAGAUUCUCUAAUAAAACUCCGGUUCCUAUGCUGGGCGAUAUAAAUACACCAAAAUCAGAAGUUGAAACAUUUUAUGAUUUCUGGUACAACUUUGAUUCAUGGCGUUCUUUUGAAUACCUUGACAAAGAAGAUACAGACAGUACAGACAACCGUGAUGAUAAACGGUAUAUUGAAAAAAAAAAUAAAGCUGAAAGAGCAAAACGUAAAAAGGAAGAUAAUAUCCGAUUAAGAAAGAUUAUUGGCGCUUUCUUUAGACCCACGCAUUAUCAAAUUUAG